AUGCGCUUGGCGCUUGGCGACCGGAGCCUCAACUUUUCCAACCAGAGCGCGGCGGGAAGCGCUGGUAACUUGAGUUUCGACAGCCAGCUGCUGGCCUCUCCUGCUGGGAGCCUGGGGCGGACGGGACACCUGACGGUGGCUGUGUGCCUGGGCAUCAUCUUGCUCCUGGGCAGCCUCAACAACCUCCUGGUGGUGCUGAUCUUCGUCAAGUUCCAGGCCAUCCGGACGCCCAUCAACCUGAUCCUGCUCAACAUCAGCCUCAGCGACCUCCUGGUUUGCGUCUUCGGGACCCCUUUCAGCUUCGCCUCCAGCGUGCGCGGCCGUUGGCUCCUAGGCAAGGCCGGCUGCAAGUGGUACGGCUUCGCCAACUCCCUCUUCGGCAUCGUUUCCCUUGUGUCUCUUUCCAUCCUCUCCUAUGAGCGCUAUGUCACGGUCCUGCGGAGGCAGGCCAAGCCGGUUGUGUCCAGUUACACCAAGUCCUGGCUUUGCAUCAUUGCCUCCUGGAUCUACUCUUUGUUCUGGACCUUGCCGCCUCUUUUCGGCUGGAGCAGCUAUGGCCCCGAAGGGCCUGGCACGACCUGCUCUGUCUCUUGGCAUGCCAAGACUCCCAGCAACUUCUCCUACAUCAUCUGCCUCUUCAUCUUCUGCCUCAUCUUGCCCCUCCUGACGAUGAUCUACUGCUAUGGGAAAAUCCUGCAGACGAUUAGAAAGCAGGUCUGUAGGUUCCACCUGACAUCUGUUCAGAAAAGAGAACAUCACAUCCUGUUCAUGGUGGUGUCAAUGGUCACCUGUUACCUCCUCUGCUCGAUGCCAUAUGGAAUUGUCUCCCUGAUUGCGACAUUUGGCCAGCCCGGAAUAAUCAGCCCCUCAGUGAGCAUUAUCCCGUCCAUUCUGGCCAAGACUAGCACGUUUGUGAAUCCCAUCCUUUAUGUCCUCUUGAACAAGCAGGAGCAAAUAAAUGAGCUGGUUGGUGCAAAUACACUCAAUCCAGAACGCUUAGCGGCAGAGGUGUCUUCAGUUCCCUUAAAACCUCCUGGCACAGGGCUGGGCCUCUUCAGGGGGGCAGAGGAGGCCGAUCGCCAAGCUGAGCACAGUACAGUUCAGUGGCUGGCUCCUCAGUAUGAGAGAAGAAGCCACUCCAUUGCUGUGCUUGGCUUCCUCUCGAUGUGA